AUGGCGGACAACGAAGCUCUCGUUAAUGGCGUCAACGGCGAUUCAUCGGAUUUCUACGACGCUGAUCAACCUACGAAGAAGACUACCUCGAUCACCUCCGUUGACGAGCUUAAUCAGAGGAUCGAGGCUCUGGAGAAGGAGAAGUCCGAUUUGGAGAGAGAGAAUUCGCAAUCGGAGGCUAAAAUCGGGGAGCUACAGGCUGAGAUCUAUUCCCUGAGGACUGAAAAUGCGGAGUCGGAGUCUAACCGUAGGGCGGCGGAAGCCAUAGCUAAGCACGCGUCGGAGCUCGAAGGCCAGGUUGUGCGUCUCGAGCAUGACUACAUCACCUCCAUGAACGAAGGUGCGGAGGCGAACCGUGAGGUUCAGGAGCUGAAAGCAAAGAUCAGAGAGCUUGAGGAGAAGGCCAAGAAAGAGAAAGAUGAGAAAGGCGGCGAAAUCAGUGAACUGAGAAGGCAAAAGGAUGAGGUUGAAGAGUCCGUCGGGGAGCUUAAGGCUUUGUUGAAGGAAUCCGAGGAUAAGGUGAAGCAAAUGGAAGAGAAGAUGGAUGAAUUGGUGAAGAAAUCGACAGAAUCUGAUAAAUUGAUCGGCGGAUUGAUGGAGAAAGUUACAGAGAGAGAAGCUGUUAUUCCAGAAGCUGCUGAUGAGGAGAAGCAAAGCGAUGACGAAUUCAAAGGAUUGAAGACUCAAUUACCUGUUAUUGGAGCUAUUUCUGCUGGUGUUCUGGUCGCCGUCGUCGUCGCUGCUUGCUACAUUAGGCAGAAGUAG